CCCACUGUCACAAUCAUGGGAUCUGCUGUCUGUCUGUCUGUCGAUCUGUCUUGAAUCGUGGGGAUUCGUAUGUACUCAUGUACGUAUUUCGUUCGGAGGUAACUCCUCGCGAAAGUGGUUGCAUGCAAAUGAUUCCUCGCUCCAUUCACUGUGGGUGGAACCCGAGCCCAGUCGCGCGCUGGGGCCCACGGCGGACUCCGUCGCGCUCCGCCGAGUUUUGUUACCGGUAGGUCACUUGUAAGUACAGCAGAUUUCCCAGAGCUCAUAAUUAGGUCUCCACUUGGAGCUGACCUCACGAGCCCUUGUGGGAUGAUGGAAUUAACCUUCUAUAAGCGUCGUCGCCCCACAGUGGAAUUGCUCAUCCCACCACCGCGCUCAUGCCUCUUUCGCCUUUAUUAAAGCUGCUGACGGCCAUGGCCAUUGUCGCUUUCUCUCGAGCCUUUUGUUUUCGCCCUCGUGACGCCAGAGAAUCCUUCCUGGUCUUCAGGUCGUUCCAAUGGCUUCGAGAGGAUGUGCUCGUCGCCAGAUGCGGACCGACCUACCCUCCCUCCCUCCCUCCCUCCCCUCGCACGAACAAGUCGUCCUGCCGCCCAGAUGCGGACCGGACUCCUCCCGUGAAGCGGAUCGAAGCCCAGGGCGCACGCCCCUCCGAGUUCUUGCGAGAGGGAGCGAGGGAGGGAAAGCAUGCUCUCGCUUGCAUCGCUGAUUCGAAAGAAAACAUCUCCAUAUAGACAGAGCUAUGGAUGCUUGCCUUCUCUCGUAGAAUGGAGGGGAUGGGACCGGAGACGGGAAUCGGGAAGGCGAGACGAGAGAUGGUUUCGCCCUUGGGAUCGUUCACUGCUCUUACUGUGCUCGCCUCUGGUGAUCGUUUCGGCAACAUGUACAAGGUUUCCGGUUGUCGGGUAUGAGAAUGAGCUGAUGUCGGAGACGUUGUCGCAGUUGGAUACGGAUAAGCUUUAAAGAAUCGGGAAAGCGAGGCUGUGACCUACUCGCAACCGUCUAGAGUGAGCAAGUCAGUUAGAAACGAGGAGGGGGAGCUCCACCGCUGCAGGUCUAUCUGGCUUCCUAGACCUUGUGCUGAAGAACCAUAGCCCUGGCGAGAGCAGAGUGUCAAACCAUCAGAUCGCGCUCCUUGACAGCUGCGGCUAUAGCCAUGGACGGAUCCGCUUCCGCGCUACAGUCGAUAAGAGUUCGAUGCGCGAAUCAACCGAGCCUCGCCCAUAGGACCAGAACCGUAUGGGCAGCUUGGAUGCAGGUUUGCGGUUCAGAAUGCCACGCUUGCAUCAUUUCACUUCUACUUUUAUGCACACCAAGCCACAUACAGAGACAUCACAAGAGGUUCUGGUCUAGCAAUACUUAAAAGUACUUGGUCUUCGUACUCGUUACGAGCAUCAGUCAGGCAUACCAGUUGGUAAUGAGUUUUCUGCGAAUCCUUUCCCAUGAUAAUUUGCCCAGAAGAUUUUGACAACAGUAGAUUCGGAUAGUGGUCCUCCAGGGUUGCCACCAUGACGUUUGCAUCUCGCUAACAUUACACUUUGCAUCAUUCGAAUGGGCUUUGAUAAAUGUCGUCUCGGAAUGAAGUCUUGUCAAAACCAUCAAGACUGAUAAAUAUACACUACCAUUAAGAUCUGUACUAUCCAACUUCAGUUUAUGUUUUCAUUUACUUGGAGGAGCU